AUGGCAAACCAGCUCGUCGGCGUCAACGCUGGAGUGCAGCUGGGUCCUCCUAACGGACCGAACGAGCCGCUGCCGCCCAAUCCGCUUCCGAACGCUGACUUCGGAGAUUUAUCCGAAUUCGGGAAGUGGUGGUACCCAUUGCAGGGCGAUGGCUUCAGUGCGAUACUUUACUUCUCGUACCAGAGAAGGGCCACGAGCGUCGACAACAUCCGCCGACCUGGACCUCCGAACUGGCGCGAGACGCACCUGCAGCCCUUCGAGAGGAAUUUCUACCGCGAGCACUUCAGAACGGCGUGGCGGUCUCCCGAGGCAGUGAAGGAAUAUCGAGAGAAAAACGGGAUAACAAUUGUGAAUGGACGCGGUGUCCCAAAGCCAGUGCUACACACUUACGAAGCCAACUUCCCCACAUGCCUGGUCGAAGCCCUCGAGGCAAACAACUCCACCUUCCCUCCUACACCCGUUCAAGCCCAGUGCUGGCCUGUAGCACUCAAGGGCAGAGAUAUGCUCGCCGUUCUUGGAACCGGAGCCGAAGGCAAGAUCCUGGCUUAUAUCCUUCCAGCCGUCGUUCACGCCCUACACCAGCCGCGCCGAGAACACCAGCCGGGUUUCCUGGCACUGGUACUGGCUCCAACACCCGAGGAAGCCCGCGACAUUCAACGAGUGGUGAGCAAACUCGAAACCUACACUGGCGUCCGUGCUACGUGCGUCUGCUCCGGCGACUCGAAGGAACGACAACUGAGGGAUUUGAGACGCGGCUUUGACAUCUGCGUCGCGACGCCCGGUCGUCUCCACACGUUCCUCAAGGAGGAUAAGUUGGACAUCGGACGGUGCACAUACCUCGUGUUGGACGAAGCGGACCGAAUGGUCGACAUGGGGUUCGAGCAGCAGCUCAUCUCUAUCGCCAGGUACGUCAGGCCUGAUCGGCAGACCACGAUGUGGAUGUCGAGAAAACCGAGGCACCUUUACCGGCUUGUUGACGCGCUGCUGAAGGACUACCUCGAAAUUCACAUCGGUAUGGGUCAGGCCUCGCCAGACCAGUGCGUUCAACACGUAGUCCGCGUCUCUGCGGAGUCUGAGAAAGAGGGCGGACUUGUGACACUCCUUCAGGACAUUCUCGAUGGGCGAGAGGAAGCGGCAGCCAGAAAAGUGAUCGUUUUUGCCGAAACAAAGAAGCGCGUUGACGACCUUGUGUCGAAUCUGCAGCUUCGUGACUGGCCCGUCGUCGGCCUCCACGGCGGGACUUCCGAUAAGUCGCGGGUUUUUGCACUGGCAGCAUUCCGCCGAGGCAAGGCACCCAUUCUGGUGGCGACCGAUGUGGCCGCGCAGCAACUGGGCUUGGACGGCGGGCACAUUGUGGUGAAUUAUGACUACCCGAGUAGCGCCGAGGCGUACUCAAGACGAAUGAGAUAUGCGUCGCCCUCAACAGCUCAUGAAGCUGGUGUGGCGUUCACCUUUCUUGAGCCGGACGAUAGCCGAGGUGCCCGUGAAAUGAUCGGCAGUCUUCGCGCAGCAAAGGCAAAAGUGCACCCGGAACUUUACGCCAUCGUAAAGACAACAAGGCAGAGGAAGCGUAAGGGAGUCAGCGACAUGUGA